CGAGACAAUGCGACCUAACAGAAAGAAACCAAAGAUUGAUCAGACCAAACCAGAGAUGAAGUUCAUCAAGUCUCUAGGAAAGGGUACGUACGGCUCCGUAGAUCUCUUUAGCUACACCAAAGACGACGGCUCAACGUUCUACAACGCCGUGAAGAUCUCUGAUUCUAAUUACUACAACUCUAUCAACAGAGAGUUUAAGAUCCUCUCGGCACUCAGAGGAUGUCAAGGAAUCGUGCAAUCUUUUGGUAACUCACUGCUUCAAGAAACCGAUUCCAACGGAAAGAAAGUCUACAAGAUGGCCAUAGAGUACGCAGCUGGUGGUAACCUAACCGACUUCAUCCGAAUAAACCGAAAGUUAUCGGACACGAUCGUUAAAGACUUCACUCGGAUGCUUCUCCAAGGGUUAGUGUUGGUACAUGAUCACGGUUACGUCCACUGCGAUCUUAAACCGGAGAAUCUCCUUCUCUUCCCGCGUCACGAUCAAGAAACGCGGUUUUGCUCGUACGAGUUAAAGAUUUCGGAUUUUGGAUUGACGAUAAAGGCAGGAGAGGAGUCCGUUUGUUGGGAAACCAAAUCUCCGUUUGUCGGAACGCCGUUAUACAUGUCUCCGGAGUCGGUACGGGACGGUACCACCGUGGAGAAAACCCUAGACUUGUGGUCGUUAGGUUGCGUGGUGUUGGAGAUGUGUGUAGGUAAGCAUCCGUGGUCAGGGUUUAGUGUUGAUGAGAUAAAGUCUCGUUUGUUGUGUGGGAAGGCGCCGGAGAUUCCAGAGACUGUGCCGUGUGACGCAAGGAAGUUUGUGGAGAAGUGUUUCGCAAGAAAGGCUGAAGAGAGGGGAAGUGCUUCUGAGCUGUUGUUGCAUCCGUUCUUGAACGGAGAGAGGAAGGUGGAUGGUGCCGGUGGCGGCGGCGGAGAGAGGAGACGGGUGGGGUUGAGGAUCAGAAAACCACCGGAGAGGUUUGAAGAUAUUGCCAAGAAGUCAUUAAAAUUGAAGAGUAUUUCAUCGAAGUCCUCGCAGUUUAAAAGAGUUUCGAAUAAACCCCAAAAGGUUAAGAUUGGUCGUCCUUGACUCCCAAAAUCAAAUGUUGCUCCCGUGCAGUAGUUUCCUGAAAUUAAAAGUACCGCUGUUACU